CUGAUUUCUUUUGAGAAAAGCAAAAUCAAAAUGGCGAGACGCGUGUUGGAAGAAGAUUUGAAGAAUAUCGAAUUCGAAACAAGUGAAGAUGUCGAUGUUACCCCUACUUUUGACCACAUGGGCUUACGGGAAGAUCUUCUUAGAGGAAUAUAUGCAUAUGGAUUUGAAAAACCAUCAGCAAUUCAACAAAGAUCUAUCAAACCAAUUGUGAAAGGAAGAGACGUCAUAGCCCAGGCCCAAUCUGGAACAGGAAAAACAGCCACCUUUUCCAUCUCUAUCCUACAGUGUCUGGACACACAAAUAAGAGAAACCCAGGCACUUGUACUCUCUCCAACUAGGGAGUUGGCAGUUCAAAUUCAGAAGGUUAUUCUUGCCCUAGGAGAUUACAUGAGUGUGCAGUGUCAUGCUUGUAUUGGAGGUACAAAUAUUGGAGAUGACAUCAGAAAGUUGGAUUAUGGGCAGCAUGUUGUUUCUGGAACACCUGGCAGAGUCUUUGAUAUGAUCAGGAGAAGAAAUCUGAGAACAAGAGCCAUAAAGAUGCUGGUUUUGGAUGAAGCUGAUGAAAUGUUAAAUAAAGGUUUCAAAGAGCAGAUUUAUGAUGUGUACAGAUACCUUCCCCCAGCAACACAAGUUUGCCUAAUUUCUGCUACACUCCCACACGAAAUCCUUGAGAUGACCAACAAAUUCAUGACAGACCCCAUUAGAAUCCUGGUGAAACGUGACGAGUUGACAUUGGAAGGCAUCAAACAGUUCUUUGUGGCUGUUGAGAGAGAAGAGUGGAAGUUUGAUACACUUUGUGAUCUCUAUGAUACUUUGACCAUCACACAAGCUGUCAUAUUCUGCAACACAAAGAGAAAGGUUGAUUGGUUGACAGAGAAGAUGAGGGAGGCUAACUUUACAGUGUCAUCCAUGCACGGUGACAUGGUUCAGAAAGAAAGGGAGGCCAUCAUGAAAGAAUUCAGAUCAGGGGCCAGCCGUGUAUUAAUUACAACUGAUGUGUGGGCCAGAGGUAUUGAUGUUCAACAGGUGUCCCUUGUCAUCAACUAUGAUCUACCAAACAACAGAGAAUUGUACAUUCACAGAAUUGGGCGUUCGGGCAGAUUUGGACGUAAGGGUGUAGCUAUCAAUUUUGUGAAGAGUGAUGACAUCAGAAUCCUGAGAGAUAUUGAACAGUACUACGCCACCCAGAUUGAUGAAAUGCCAAUGAAUGGUUUGAGAUCAAUCAAGCUUGGAGUACAGUGUGAGGCUGUUGUGAAAUUUCCCCGAUUAUUUGAAAGAUACCCAUUUCCAAUCCUUAUCAAUUCAGCUUUCUUAAAACUUGCUGACGUGUUCAGAGUUGCUGACGCUUUUAAAGAAGGAAACAAUUUAUUGAGAUGGUGCAUUUUGAGAGUCAUUCAGCAAUGUGAUCGGCAUCUGGACAAGGUGCUCAAUGUUGAUGAAUUUGUUAGAAGACUUUACACAGUAAUACACAGUAAUGACUCUGUUGCUCGAGCUCUCACCAUCAGAACUCUUGGCAGCAUUGCCUCUAUCAUCUCAGAGAGGAAGAAUGCCCACCACAGUGUGGUCAACGGGCUGGACUCCCAUGAUGCAGUGGAAGUGGAUGCUGCCAUAUAUGCAGCAGAUAAAUUCUCUGGCAAGUCCAAAGUUUUUGCAGCAAACAUCUGCAGUAAGAUAGCUGAGAUGAUAGAAGACAUAGCCACUCCAGUGCACCUAAAACUGCAACUGAUACCAAUAAUGAAAAACAUGUAUCAUGAUAGUUCAACUGCAGCUAAGGCUAGAGGAAUUUGUCUUCACUUAUUGUCCACUUUCCCAGCUGAGAAGUUUGUGACUUUGACCUUGGAGACCUUGACACACUUGGCAAUGAGGUCACUGGCUGACGUACACAGCCAGAUAGAACUUCUGAUUCACCAUCUCAGGACAGACCCAAGAAACAGUGUGAAAUUAACCUCCCUUAAGAAUCUCAAUUUACUGGCUAGGAAGUCCCCCCAGCUGUGGAAAUACAACUCAGUUGAGGAGUUGUUGUCCUUUGCUAUCACCUGCCCCUCCUUUCUGCUGAAGUGGGCAUGUAUUCAGGUGUUGACCUCGCUCUCCUCCUCGUUUGCCUUCCAGAUGUUCCUCAGUAGAGACAUGACAGUAUCAGACAUUCAGAAAGUUCUAGAGGUGUGCAACAUCUGCUAUCAAACCCAGAAUGCUACCCUGUCCAGUAAAGCAAUCGAAUUCUACACCAAUGUAGCUGUGGCUUACAAGAAAAGCAAGGUGUGUAUGAUUGAAGUGGAAAGAGACUUGAUAGAAGGAGCUAGACUGGCCAUUACAACACAAAUAUGUGUCUCUAUAUGGAGCAGUGAAUCUAAAGACAAGCAAGCUCUGCUGCUUUGUCUGAAAUGUCUGGUGAAUCUUGUGAAGACAUAUCAAGAGACAGGAGAAACCUUUGUGAUGGAAUUAACACAACUCCUUGAAUCUGCCUCAGAUGAUAACUGUGUCAAGCUGUGUGAGUGUUUAGCUGCUCUUGGCUCUAUCAACCAUCAGCUGAUUGAAGAAAAUCUGGGCCAACUCCUACAAGUGUACCAAAAUGUGUCCUCAAAACCAGCAUCCAAAUGUCAGCUGGAGUGCUGUUUGUAUCUUGGGACUGUCUUCUUCCAAGUGGCUGCUGGUGAAGCCAUUCCGUUGGAUGUCCAGAACCUGAUAACUCAGAGCAUUACCAAGUCCAUGGAUGACUGGUUUGGUUAUAAGCUGGGCAGGCAGGCCAUGCGUUAUGGACAGUUUCGCAUAGCAUCAGAGAUAUUUCAUAAUUUGUCCCAACAUGUAGCCUCAGAACACAACUUCUUUUGGCUGACCGGUCUGCAUGGAGUGUGUGCUGCAGAGGCCUGUGUGAACAAAUCUGGAACGAGUACGAAGGCGCUGACAUCUCAGAUAUCAGAGAUGUUGGUCCUCUAUCAACAGGGACUGGUUUCUAUCAAGGCUGCCUCCACAAGUGUCGGCACAAUGGUGUUUCAGUGUGAGUUUGUGCGGUUGAGGAUCUGGCUCCUACAGACACACCAACAACUGGUUCACACCUGUAACACCUUUAGAACCUGUCCCCCUCCAGCAAUCGCCACUGCCAUGGCCGUCUCCAACAGACACGAAAUCUCAAGGGUCAGCCAGAUUCUGAAUCAGCUCGGGAAAUGUCUGAAGGAGUACGAGGGCCUGAGUGAGAAGUUUGCUGACCUUUACCAGUCGGCCUUUGAUGCAGACACCCACACCCUCCACACCAUACUGCUCUUGCAACAAAGUUGUGAAGUGAUUAAAUCAUGUAUUCUGACAUUUAUCAGAAGCAGCCAUGCCAGGUACCUGCAGUUUGGGGCUCUGUCCACCAGAGACAAGGACCCACUGACUGUCACCAUACAGUCCAUACAGAGAGAUCUCAACAGCAUUAUACAGAGUCAGAGCAGUGAGGGACUGACCCACCAGCAAGUUGAUUUCCUGUGUCAAUCUGUAAGGAGGCUGGUACACACUCCUUUCACCUACCCAAGGUUCUUUUUCCAAACGCUUCAGACUACCAACAUUAAGUUAGCCAUUUCCCCUCAGCAGCUCUCUGGCCUUGACCCAGUUCAGGUUCAUAAUGAGACUCAGUUAACUGUUAAGGUGGAGGGCAUCGUCCAACAUGGCCGAUACAGGGAUCUGUUCCGCAAAGUGGCCAAAGUCCAAAUAACUGCCACCUCGGAGCUUGUCAACAGGACAUCCAACUCUACUGAUCAAAAGAAUUCUUUGACAACUACCAACAAUUUGAGUCAGAGUGUAGAGCCUCACAAUGACUAUUUUUCUGUCAACUUCCUGUUGACCUUUCCAGUCACAGGGUCACAUUCUGUCCAGAUCAGAGCAGACGUUGUUGAUGAAAACGAGACUCUGUGGAAGACAGGCCCCUCCUCCUCUCUGUCAAUCAAAUCUUACGACGAUUCCAUCACCAAGAAACCUGUCAAUAAGCCAGUCAGGACAUCCUUUGGUCAAAUGCCACCUAGUGUUGCCUCCUCAUCCAGUUCUAGUAAUCAAUAAAUUGUUCAAAUUGUCAA